AUGCCGGAGCGCGGCCCGGUGCCGCGGCGGCGCUGCGGGUGGAGGAGGAGGAUGGCGGGGCUGGCGUGGAAGUGGCCGCGCACCCGCUUGCCCGUGGGGGCCAGCGCCUUGGGCGUCUUCGUCCUUUGCUGGCUCUACAUCUUCCCCGUCUACCGGCUGCCGGACGAGAAGGAGAUCGUGCAGGGGGUGCUGCUGCAGCAGGGCAAGGCGUGGAGGAGGAACCAGACUGCGGUCACCCUGUUCAGGAAACUGCUGGAAGAAUGCUGUGACCCUGGGCAGCUCUUUGCUAUGACAAAGCUGAACUCCCCGAUGGGAAAGAACCUCUGGUUUGAUGGGGAAUUUUUAUAUUCUGUCACUAUUGACAAUGCAACUUACUCACUCUUCCCACAGGCUACUCCCUUCCAGCUGCCACUGAAGAAAUGCUCCGUGGUGGGAAACGGUGGGAUCCUGAAAAAGAGCGGCUGCGGCAAACAAAUAGAUCAAGCAGAUUUUGUCAUGCGGUGCAACCUUCCUCCUCUAUCCAGUGAAUACAGCAAGGAUGUUGGAUUGAAAACCCAGCUGGUGACUGCAAAUCCCAGUAUAAUUCAGAAAAGGUUCCAGAAUCUGCUGUGGUCUCGAAAAGCGUUUGUGGACAGCGUGAAGGUGUAUAACCACAGCUACAUCUACAUGCCAGCCUUCUCCAUGAAGACAGGGACGGGACCCUCCCUGCGUGUCUAUUACACCCUGGAGGACUUUGGUGCCAAGCAGGCUGUCCUUUUUGCCAACCCCAAUUUCCUACGUGACAUUGGCAAGUUCUGGAAGAGCAAAGGUAUCCAUGCCAAACGGCUUUCCACAGGACUCUUCCUGGUCAGCGCCGCCCUCGGGCUGUGUGAGGAAGUAACAAUUUACGGCUUCUGGCCCUUCUCGGUGGACCUGCGUGGAAAGUUUAUUAGCCACCAUUACUAUGACAAUGUCUUGCCUGAUUCUGGAUUCCAUGCUAUGCCAGAGGAAUUUCUACAGCUCUGGUUUCUUCAUAAAAGUGGUGUACUGAGAAUGCAGCUAGAACCAUGUGAGGACCCUUUACUCCAGACUUCUGCCUGA